AUGGCUGAUAAUACAGUAUCUCACAAGUUGAAUGGGUUAAAUAAAAAAAUUAUUGAAGUCAAAAAGAAGAUACAAUUGUCAGAGGGCCAGCGGAAGGCGAAUUUCGAGGAAUGCGACGCGAAGAAACGCGAGAGCAGCGAUCGCAUAGGCCGGCUGAAGAGGGAAGUGAAGGAGCUGCAGCUGGAAUUCGCAAAGGCUAAGAAUAACAACGAGGCGGCUGGACUCGCAUCAAGCCUCAGCCGCGAAUCAUCCGCAAUAAUAAAGAAGCGGAACCUCCGUGAGGCAAAUGCGAUGUUCGACGAGGACAACAUUCGCCUUCGCAAAAAACUCGACUUGGUCAAGUACCAAGUCGACAAGAAAACCAAAAAACUACUGCUACUCCAAAAAGAAUACGACGAGCUGAUAAAUGGAAAAGUAAUCAAAAUGGGAGCAUUGAAACCAUCAUCGAUCCAGAGUAAAAAGACAAUGACGCGGCUGGAAAACCAGCUGCAUCGCGUGAGCGUGAUGCAGAUGGAAGCUGACACUGUGCGCAAAAAAUACAGAUCGGUGAGGGCGAGUCUCAAAGCAGAUGCAUCGUUCUACGCGUCCUACCUGGACAGCUUGGAGGAGAGCAUACGCGAGCAGCAAAGCGAGAUUAACCGGCUUCAGAACGUAAAAGCCGAAGCGAUUGCACUUCGGGAUACGACCAAGGAAACUCUUACGAAGCAGGAGAUCGAAGCGAUGCAUACGACCAAGGAGCGAGAAACUGUUAUUCAGGAAUAUAGAAAACGGGUAGAAGAUCGAAAAAUAGAGUUGGAGCGCCUGGAGCGCAUGAUGUUUUCCACGAGAGCAGUAACGAGAGACGAGUUCGCGCCGAGUCGCAACAAAAACCACGAUGCGCAGCACCAAUCAGUGGAAGAAGUGCAAGAUCCUCGGCAAGUGGAGUUGGACAAAUUGGAGGAGUCAUUCGUGAAACUACGCAAUGCGACAGGAGUGUCAAGGACCGAGGAUGUGCUAAACCGAUUCUUGGCGCAAAAAGCCACCAAGGAGAAGCUUAAGAAGAUGCAGGCCAACGCCGAGGAGGAAAAAAUUCAGCUUGAGAAGAGGAGACAGCAACUCACCGUCGAGAUCGAAAUGCAUAAAUUUUCGGAAACCAAGGAUUCUGAUCAAAACGCUGACAAAGUGGAGAAACUCGAUAAACAAAUUGAGGAACAGCGUGAUCGGCAGGAUGGCGCUGCUGAAAAAAUGACCAAGCAUCAGAAUACUUUGAAGAGACUCGCUGAAAAAUUGCUGUCUUUCUGCGAUAAACUGCGCGAAAGCGGACUAGUCGUAGUCGAAGAAAAAACCGACACACUUGACGCAAUGAAAGUUUUGAAUAAACUUAACGGCACAAUCAACAAAUUUAUUGCAACAUUAGGAGGACCGGAAUCAUUCAAUCAAUUUCUAGAUCAAAUGCUGAGCGACAAAAUCGAAGCUGCGUCACUUGAAACAGCUUCUGAACCCACGAAACCAAUCAACCUAGAAGACCAACCAUUAUUUCCACUGUUUGCAAUCAUCACUAUACCAACAACUCAAGCUCAACCGUCGGAAGACGAGGAGGAUAUUCCGUCGAGAAGCUUCCUGAAACGACAGGCUCAGUUACUCGUGGAUACGAAGAGCCGACGGAAAGGUUUUGCUUUAAGGAGAUAAAUACCGAGAGCUGUUGCCCUCUGUAGCAAAAAGUGGGAACCCAACAAACCGCGUUACCACGCAAUCCGUAAA